AUGACAGAGCUCGCAGUUGAUCGUUCGCUUUUGGUGCCUACUCGUGGGGAAUCUUCGACGCAGGACGAGAACUUCGGCGGGUACCGUCUGGCGAGGGACCUCCUCAUCGAGGACCGGACCGAGGCGCACGUCCUAGAAACACCAGCGAUGGACUCGUCAGCGGCGAUGGGCAAGACUCUUGGACGCAUCGCACACCUGGCCGCUUCGAGACGUAACCAGCUCUUCGACCUCGGAAUUCAGCGCCCCGAUCCCGGGCACGACGACUGCUUCGCCUUCGCAUCCGAAGGCGGAGUAUUCCACGCCGUGGACGUACCCCGCAACAUCGACGAGCCCAUCAAGGUCAGUCCCAUCAACUCGAUUCCCAUCGUCGCCACGGAGGAUCCCGCGGAAGGUCCACGCAUGGGCCCGUCCAUCGCGCGGGCGGCGAACUCGAACACGUUCGCCUUGUCCACGGGCGGCGGCGACCUGUCCGUGACGUCGGAGGGUGGCGCGGUGCGCGGGUGCGAGCCGCCGACGUUCGGUGAGGAUGGCGGGCGUAGACCGUUCGUCAUCGAGUCGGUCACGCAUAGGCCGGGAUCGAUGGCACUUCUCGUGUGGGCCGUAUCAACCGGCGCGGGGGCCGCGGUGGAGCUCUUUCGCCUGACCGUCGAGGAAAGUCCAGACUCGAAAGCAUGGACUCCGACGGGGGCCGCUGUGAAAGUGGCUGAGGGAACGUCGCCGCCUCUGUGGUGUAAGGUGGCGACAUCAUCGUCGGUCGACGAGGUUUUUGUGGUCGCCAUGGAGACGGUCGAGGGGAGGAGCGUGAAAGCCAAAAGCGGUGAGCCCGUGCAGGAGUGGUUGCCGCAGGAUGACGAAGAAGCGGAGGAGUGGAUAGGCAACCCUGGAUCCGCAAUGGUGCCAAGUGAUGGGAGGGGUAUGGCAGCGUGGAAGGCGUUCAACGCCGAGGGCGACAGCGAAGACGAGGAUGACGACGCGCCGCGAAACCCGUUUGACGCAGACCUAGAGGACGGACCUCUCCAUGUGUUGAUGGUGUCAGCCUGGUCCGACGAGGUAAAGACGACCGCACGCAUGCCCAGGAACAAACCAUGCGCCAUCGUGCACGGCGGAGCACAUAUCGGUGUGAGUCACGGGGUGCACUGCCUGACCGUGUCGGUCGAAGCGGACGGGUCGGCGAGGCAUGUCUCCACCAACCAGGCGCUCUCUUACGUCGCCAAGGGCAAACCCAACAGGAAGUUCGUCUUGGCCACCCCUGACGGAACCUGCGCGGCGGUGGUGGAGACUAAGCGAUCCAGCUUCGUGUACAGGACCCCCGCGCCGGCGCCGAAUCCUCCCAAGAGCGGUCUGCAUCAGAUAUUCGACCUCACGGAGAAGGUUGGAUCGAAGCUUCGGGGUCUCCCCGCGGGGGGUGUCGCCCGCCAAAAUUCCGCCGAGGCGCCCGUGCUCGGUGCCAGGCUGGUUUGCUAGUGA